AUGCUCAUGUCGGUGCUGUGGCCGUUCGCUAGUCGCAAAACGGAGGGCCACAGACACAGCUCCUACGUGGACGGAAUCGCAACGUAUGCUAGGCCGUUUUACUGGCAGAAGAUCGCCGGCAAGGAGAUACGACCACUGCCGCAUAGCAUCGACCGAUCAUGCAGCUCGCCCACUGUCCCCGGCAUCAAGAGAGAUUUGCCUUGGUUGGCCGACGUCGGUCUCCUGGUCCUGCGGAGACUUGACUCUUGA